AUGCCACGAACUCUCUAUGUUGGUAACCUGGAUCCCAGCAUCACGGAAGAAUUCCUCUCCACACUGUUCGGCCAGGUUGGCGUGGUGACCAAGGCCAAAGUUGUAUAUGAUCCGCACAGCGACCCCUAUGCUUUCAUCGAGUUCACCGAACACAAUGAGGCCGCAAACGCCUUGGGCGUGAUGAAUCGAAGGGUUCUCCUAGAGAGGGAACUAAAGGUCAACUGGGCUACUGAACCCGGACAGCAACAGGUCAAGGUUGACACAAGCAGGCACUUCCACGUCUUUGUCGGCGAUCUCAGCCCUGAAAUCGACAACAAAGUGCUGAAAGAAGCUUUCAUCCCGUUUGGAGAAGUCUCAGAUGUAAAGGUCAUCCGAGACCCAUCUACGCUCAAAUCGAAGGGUUAUGGUUUUGUUUCUUAUCCCAAGAGAGAGGACGCUGAACGUGCCAUCGAACAAAUGAAUGGACAGUGGAUCGGCCGGCGCACAAUCCGGACCAACUGGGCCACCAGAAAGCCUAAUGAGGGCUUUGGGGGUGAAGCAGGAGGACACCACGGUGGUGGUGGUGGCGGAGGCGGUGGCGGCGGAUACCGCGGAAGGGGAGCUUUGAACUAUGACGACGUCUUCAAUCAAACGACUGCCGAGAACAUGUCUGUCUACAUUGGGGGUGUCGCGCAAGGUGUCAGCGAGGAGGAUAUCCGAGCCAACUUCCAACAAUUCGGCUCAAUUGAUGAGAUUCGCCUUUUCAAAGCACAGGGAUACUCCUUCGUGCGCUUCCACAGCAAGGAGUCCGCUUGUCGUGCAAUCUGCGAAAUGAGCGGCAAGGAAAUGUGCGGACAAGUGGUGCGAUGCAGUUGGGGAAAGACCGAUGCCGGUGGUGGCGCUGGACGUGGAAGUGGCCCCGCGCAGCCUGGCCCCGGUGGUUAUGGAUAUGGUUACGGAUCGGCCGGAGCCUACAACCAAACCCAAACGGCCCCGGCUGGACUCGGAACUGGGGCUGCCGGUGGCUACAACCAGCAAUACUAUCAGCAGUACUACAACCAGUACUACCAGAACCCACAAUAUCAACACGGAUCUAUGUCGGUUUCGAAAGAGGAAGUCGAACGCGAGCAAGAGGAAAGGAAGGAAUAUGUUAAAAAUAUCGGCAUUGAGUACCGAUAUGGAUGUUAUGAGGAGAAGCGGCCGGAAUCCUGUCAGCUAUUAGCUGAAUAUAUGGAGGCCAUUGACUCAAAUUUCAAGGCCGCCCUCACGCUAUACAAAGAAAAUUGCGAGACAAGAAAGUACCCCAAAAGUUGCUUCAAGUACGCCAUGUAUCUACUUUCCGGCAAAGCACGCGACAUGAACAAAUCUCUUUACUAUGGCAUCAAGGCAUGUGAACAGAUGAUCCCCCACAGCUGCGCCAAUGUUGCAAGAAUCUCGGUGGCCUAUGGGUUCGAGGACCUGAACGUCAAUUGGUUUUACACGUAUGAAAAACAAGCGGCGAGUUCCUCGAUUCGGCCCUGCGACAAUUUCUAUCGGCAUGUCUGCCCUAGAGACGUUAACAAAGAGAUGGUCAUCUCCGAGUCGGCCCGGAAUGUCACGCUACUCAGUAUGGUCCAGCUGCAGUACGGGAGUCGCAUGAAGUUCAAGCCGGUCCAGGAACUGCUCGACUUUGCAGGCCAGCUAAUAGAUACAGUCGCCAUCUAUCGUGGUGCACUGAGAUACGCGUCGACAUUCUACGCAUCGCUCGGCUACAUUCUCUCGCACGAAAUCAUGCACACGGAAUCGCUAAAGGCCGAGCUCGUCAAGUCGUUUCCGGCGGAAUGCGUGAAAAAUGCCUCUCAAGCGAUGUGUGCCCGUUUUCAAGAAGCCCCAUGUGAAAGCGGGGAAGAUACGUUCGAUGAGGACUUUGCCGAUAUCUUUGGGCUCUACACAGCCCUGGAGAUGUACAAACGGGUUACCGAACAGCCGGACAUCACGUCGUUUUUCACUGCCUAUGCCACUGUUUGGUGCAAUUGGUUCUUUGACGCCCAACAAGAACUAGGUGAUAUCCACUCUGCGGCUUAUGUUCGAACCAACAACCCGCUAUCGCUGAUCGAGGAUUUCAGGCUUGUCUACAAUUGCAACCCGGAAUCGAACAUGAUGCAACGCAUGUGCCCAAAUCAACAACCUGGAUUGAGUUUU